GGUUUAUUAUUAUGGAGUCAUGCAACUUGAUUCCUUUUCUGAUCCUGAUAAGACAUGAACAGGUUUGAGUAGAAUCGCAGGCAUUUAUUUCGUCUGUAUCUAAGGUGGAAUUUUUUUUAAAUGUGAACUACACAUUUUAAAGGGUAUAACCUUACCUCUGUUUUUUUUAUCAUUUCUUUUUUAUUAUUAUUAUUAUUAUUCAGAUCAUUGUUUAUUAAUUUGCUGAGCUGUGCAAUGUUUUCCACGUCUCCAUGGAUCAGCUUCAUUUAAUAUUAACACAUUCGGCGUCAAUUUGACACCCUGACACUGUUAUUUAUUUGAACAUCAGGGCAGGACCUUUAACGCGACAGCACUGGCGAUUAAUAGGAACGCGUGUUAUAUUUCGAUACGGCGCAAACAGGCGGAUCAUGGAGGGUAGAUUUUAAGGAUGGAGACACUGAGGCGUGUGGAGGAGAACGGAGCGGAGCGGCGGGUGCGCUUCCGGGUGGCGUCGGCGCGCAGCGGCAGGGUGCUGCGGGAAGUGUUCAGGGAAGACGAGGAAGGGACAGAAGACUCGGCGGAUUCAGACACCGCCGCCGGUUCGGAGGCUGAGCGCGACGUCUCUCCUGCUAUCAGUGAGGCGAACGGGCAUCUGAUCGGCCUGGCGGUGGAGCAGCAGGGGGACAGCGGCAGCGAUCCGGACGACCUGCUGGUGUACGCGAGCACAGCGCACGAGCAGCGCUUCAGUCGAAAGCGCGUGAACAUCUUCAGCAAGAACGGUACGGUCCGUGGCGUGAGGGACAAAGUGAGCGCUGGCCAAGUGCUCUUCAAUAAUCUCUCUAAACUCUACGGGGAUUAUUUCAGAUCUACACCACUCCUUACAAUCCAAUCGAAAAUUCAUUCAGAUUGAGGCCAAAGAGACCAUGUCUGCAAAGAAGCUGCCUGCAGGAGUUUAAAGAAGUGCAGAGCAGAACACAGCAGCACAUCUGUACAGGGGGUUGCAUGAGGAGCCUCAGUAAUCUGUUCUGAACAUUGACCAGGGAGAGACUGCUUUAAUCACUUUCCAUUAACACUCGUUUUAGGAAACUUUAUUUAGGAACUGACAUUUCCAGGUGCAGUUCUGUACUCCUUGAAAAAAAAAAAAAAAGGAAUUUACAGAAGAGUCCACUGGAUGUUUUUAUAGGAAAUUACACAAAGGAAAUUCUGAGGUCUGGGAUAAUAUAGUCAGAAUUUUUGGUUCUAGUAAAGACUCUGGACUAACAGCGUCUUGUUUGUGCUUCUAUUGGAACACCCAGACAGCAAGGCAUUACGACCUGCUCUGAUGUACAGCAUGUGAUCACACAUGGCACAUUUAUUGUUUUGACUUCAACAGAAGGAUAAUUCUUUUGAGGUGAACCAAGUGCGUAUUUUCUUUUGCAUACAUACAGAAUUGGCAAGCUUGUGGGAUAAGCAAACAUACAAGGUGAACAUUAUCAAAUGUUCCUUGAAACUGGAAUUAAACUGCUGUAGGGGAUGUUUCAUCUCUAAAAUAAAUUGCUUCAGCUGAACAUUAAAUGGUUAAAGAGCCAUUACUUGUAUGAUGAUCAUUGAUUAUUGCAUUUGAUCCUGAAUUAUUAAUUUACUCAAUAUUAGUUUGAAUAAUAACAACAAUGUAAAUAUGCACUUUAUAUAAAUAUUAACUUUGUGGAUUUUUAUUAUUUAGCAACAGAGAUGAUGGGAAUGACACUGGUUCAGAGCCAGUCAGUUUUAGUUUUGUAUGUUAAUUCAUUCUAAAAUGAAUUGUAACUAUGAAUGUCAUGAUUUUUUUCACUUUCCAUUUUGUUUAAAUACAUUUUCUUCUGUAAUUAAAAAAAAAAUUGAAUCAGCAGAACAGUUUCUGACACUGUAGAUUC